AUGGGUCGGGCCCCGCCGGGUGAACUCGAGCCGCCCGGCCCCCGGCCCGGCUCCGACCCCGCCGCGCCGCAGCCCGCACCCCGCCGCGCCCGCGCCCUGGCGCUGCUCGGGGCCCUGCUCGCCGCCGCCGCCGCCGCCGCCGCCGCCCGAGCCUACGCCCGCCACAACGAGGCCCAGGCGGCCGCGCGGCAGGAGUCCGCGCUGAAGGCCCUGGGGGCAGAAGGCCUCUUUCUCUUUUCCUCCUUGGACACAGACCGAGAUAUGUACAUCAGCCCUGAGGAGUUCAAGCCCAUUGCUGAGAAGCUGACAGGGUCAACGCCUGCGGCCAGCUAUGAAGAGGAGGAGCUGCCCCUUGACCCCAGCGAGGAGACGCUCACCAUAGAAGCCCGAUUCCAGCCUCUGAUCCCAGAGUCCAUGACCAAGAGCAAAGACGGGUUCCUGGGGGUCUCCCGCCUGGCCCUGUCCGGCCUCCGCAACUGGACGACUGCAGCCUUGCCAAGCGCGGUGUUCGCCGCCCGCCACUUCCGGCCCUUCCUGCCCCCCCGGGGCCAGGUGGAGCUCGGGGAGCCCUGGUGGAUCGUCCCCAGCGAGCUGAGCGUCUUCACCGGCUACUUGUCCAACAACCGCUUCUACCCACCGCCGCCCAAGGGCAAAGAGGUCAUCAUCCACCGGCUCCUGAGCAUGUUCCACCCGCGGCCCUUCGUGAAGACGCGCUUUGCCCCUCAGGGGGCCGUAGCCUGCCUGACGGCCAUCAGUGACUUCUACUACACUGUGAUGUUCCGGAUCCAUGCCGAGUUCCAGCUCAGCGAGCCGCCUGACUUCCCCUUCUGGUUUUCACCUGGCCAGUUCACUGGCCACAUCAUUCUCUCCAAAGAUGCCACUCACAUCCGAGACUUCCGGCUCUUCGUGCCCAACCACAGGUCUCUGAACGUGGACAUGGAGUGGCUGUAUGGGGCCAGUGAGAGCAGCAACAUGGAGGUGGACAUUGGCUACAUCCCCCAAAUGGAGCUGGAGGCCCUGGGCCCGUCAGUGCCCUCCAUGAUCCUGGAUGAGGACGGCAACAUGAUUGACAGCCGGCCGCCCUCAGGGGAGCCCCUCCAGUUUGUGUUUGAAGAGAUCAAGUGGCAGCAGGAGCUGAGCUGGGAGGAGGCCGCCCGGCGCCUGGAGGUGGCCAUGUACCCCUUCAAGAAGGUCACCUAUCUGCCAUUCACCGAGGCCUUCGACCAAGCCAAGGCCAAGAACAAGCUGGUGCACUCCAUUCUGCUGUGGGGGGCCCUGGAUGACCAGUCCUGCUGAGGUUCAGGGCGGACUCUCCGGGAGACUGUCCUGGAAAGUUCGCCCAUCAUCGCCCUCCUCAACGAGAGCUUCAUUAGCACUUGGUCCCUGGUGAGGGAGCUGGAAGACCUGCAGGACAGCCAGGAGAACCCAUCCCACAAGAAGCUAGCUGACCUGCACCUGGAGAAGUACAGCUUCCCCGUGGAAAUGAUGAUCUGUCUGCCCAACGGCACCGUGGUCCACCACAUUAAUGCCAACUACUUCUUGGACAUCACCUCCAUGAAGCCCGAGGAUGUUGAGAACAACGUCUUCAGCUUCUCGUCCACCUUUGAAGACCCGUCCACAGCCACCUAUAUGCAGUUCCUGAAGGAGGGCCUUCGGCGUGGCCUGCCCCUCCUCCAGCCCUAGUGCGCCCUCAGGCCGUGGGAGACCAGGCAGGAGUGGGGGGAGCUCACAGAAAGGCUUCCAGUCCUGAAGCCAGGCCCCUCAGGCCUGGAGCCCAUGGUCCUUGCACUCCCACCCCUGCUACUCCCAGGCUGCCCAUGGGACCUGAGGUCAAUGAGGGGGAGACAGGGGAGCACCUGGGCUGACUGGACAGAUGAGCCUCUGGCUCCAGCUGCCACCAUUAGCCCUUUACUACCCACAUGGUUCCAGAAGCUGCUCAGGAUACCGGAAACGGGGCCUCGGAUCAUCUCCCUGGACCUCACCCCCUUGGGCACAUAGUCCAGGUCCUUGUGGGGUGAAGAUCAGGGAGGAGUGGUGCUAGGAAGACUGGGCCACCUCUCUCUCCUUACAGUCCCCACCUCUCAAAAGAAACAUCAGGGGACCCUGGACUGGGGGCUAAGGAAAGGUUGCCCGGGAAGCACUCUUGUUUGGAGCCUCCUUCCUGGCUGUCUUCCUCUGCCUGGUGUCCCCCGGUGGGGUGAGUUUCAGUUGGAGACAGCCUUCUGGAGGUUCAGGGCAAAGCCAUCCUUCAGAAGGAGAAUCCGCUGUACCCAGGACCUCAGCUCCCCACACCACUCUCCAACCUAAUGAGAGGACCCCAGCCCCUACUUUGGGACUUGCUGGAGGCCAGCUGUCUGGAGAGGGUCACUGUGAAGUAGGCUUCUGCUCUUAGCAAGGGAGGCCACUGAGGGGUUCCUGAUGCCCAGGGCCAAGGCACCCCUAAGUGCCUACCCCAGCAAGGGUCGCAGUGGGACGACUGGAGCCCGCCUCCUGCCCCUCAGACCCUGGCUCCACAGAAGUGUAGCUCAGCCAAAGAACACAGCCCACCCCACCCCCCACCCCAGCUGGUGCUGCCCCAGCUGUCGGGGCAGGCCAGACCAGCCCAGGCCAGCUUGCCUACCACCAAGUGGCCACUGACCCUCCUUGGCCUCUCUUAGGGACUUGGUCUACAUCCCAGCCAACUGACCACAGCCGGUCUUUUUUAUAUGUGCAGAAAAGUGUUUUUGUGUGAAGUUUCUCACAGUUUGUAGGUAUUUUUGAUAACCCCAAUGCUGAGGAGAAAGAAGGGGCCGUGUCUUCCCGCAGCAGCAGCUCCAUGAUGGCUGGAUCUGAAAUCCUAGAUGGGUCCAGCUUGAUGUCUUCGCAGCCGCACCUCCAGGAAGAAACAGUCCUCUCUUCCUUUUCUUCCAGCUUUUUAAAAAAGGCCAAUGUACCCCCAACUCUAUCCUUGUCCCCCAUUCAGGCCCAUGAGUGCUCCUUGGGCUUUCAUUAAAGCCUUGGAGCCAUGCCUGCUCCCCAGCACCUGCCCCCACAGAAGCUCACUCUUAAACCUGGAAGAGGAAGGCAGACAUCUCCUCAGACACACUCCCAGGCCUGCCCUCCGCUGAGUUCUCCCAUCUGCCCCUGAAGUGUCCAUUCUGAGCCUUCUCCAGCGGGGCACUCUGUUAACAUGACUCAUAUUUUCUCAUUUAAUCCUCCCCCAAAAAACUGUGAGGCAGAUAUGAAUUGUUCCCCUGUUGCAGAUGAAGAAACUGAGUCUCAGGGAAGUUAAGGGACGUGCCCAAGGUCACCGAGAGGAAGAGAUGAGACUCAGCCUGUCUCGAUUUUGGAGGGUUUUGCUUUGCACAGCAGCCAACCUCUCCCCCCUGCCCAUCUUCACUGAGGUGAAAAAGAAAGCCUUUCAGACCAAAAUGUCUCACUCCCCUCUGAUCUCCAGACCCGAGGAGGCAUGAGCCAGCAAGCUCAACCAAGUUGUGUCCUUCCGGGAGGCAGUGCUCCCAUGCCUCGUACAGGGAGGGGGGCACCAGAGUCUGUCUCCCAGCUUCCAGGCCUGGGUGGCAUAACCAGCCCCAUGA